CUCUUCAUGCAACCUUCAAUCCUCUCAACCCCAAAACACCCCUUUAAUCACAACUUAUUUACCAAAAUGUCCCUCUCAUCCACCAACUCUCUCCUCCCCACCAAAUCCUUCACCACACUCAAAUCUUUUCCGGCCACCACCACUUCCGCCGCCGUCCACGGCGGCUCCACCUCCGGCCACCGGUUCCCCCAACCCAUUUUCGCCGUCCAUUCACCGGACCCAUCAAAACCACAAAAACCCUCAACUCCGGCCGCCGCCGCCACCGCCGGAGCAAAACUCACCGCCGGAACAAAAACCCCAACUCCGGCGAAGUGGAGUGUGGACAGCUGGAGGACGAAAAAGGCACUGCAAUUGCCGGAAUACCCGGAUCAAGCUGAGCUUGAUGCGGUGCUCCAAACCCUUGAUUCGUUUCCUCCGAUUGUGUUCGCCGGAGAAGCAAGACACUUAGAGGAUAGGCUGGGUGAGGCGGCUAUGGGGAAUGCGUUUCUUUUGAUGGGUGGUGAUUGUGCUGAGAGUUUUAAGGAGUUUAAUGCGAAUAAUAUUAGGGAUACUUUCAGGGUGAUUCUUCAGAUGGGUGUUGUGUUGAUGUUUGGUGGUCAAAUGCCUGUCAUCAAGGUAGGACGAAUGGCGGGUCAGUUCGCCAAGCCCAGAUCAGAUAAUUUUGAGGAGAAAGACGGUGUGAAGUUACCAAGUUACCGAGGGGAUAAUGUUAACGGUGAUGCAUUUGAUGCUAAAUCAAGAAUUCCCGACCCACAAAGAUUAAUUAGGGCGUACUGCCAAUCAGCAGCCACUCUUAAUCUUUUGAGGGCGUUUGCCACCGGAGGUUAUGCUGCUAUGCAAAGGGUUACUCAAUGGAAUCUUGAUUUCACCGAGCAUAGUGAAGCGGGUGAUAGGUAUCAAGAGCUAGCUAGCCGAGUUGAUGAGGCACUUGGGUUCAUGUCGGCUGUCGGGCUUACAACGGACCACCCUAUCAUGACGACCACCGACUUUUGGACGUCACAUGAAUGCUUACACUUGCCUUAUGAGCAAUCUCUUACUAGAUUGGAUUCAACGUCAAGCUUGUACUAUGAUUGUUCCGCCCAUUUCCUAUGGGCCGGGGAGCGAACCCGCCAACUUGAUGGUGCACACGUCGAGUUCCUUAGAGGAAUCGCAAACCCACUUGGAAUUAAGGUGAGUGACAAGAUGGACCCGAAUGAGUUGGUCAAGCUCAUUGACAUCUUGAACCCUGAAAACAAGCCGGGAAGGAUUACAAUCAUAACAAGAAUGGGAGCCGAGAACAUGCGGGUCAAACUUCCACAUCUUAUUAGAGCGGUUAGAAGGGCGGGUCAAAUUGUCACGUGGGUCAGCGAUCCUAUGCAUGGCAACACUAUCAAGGCUCCAUCUGGACUCAAAACUCGCCCCUUCGAUGCUAUCAGGGCGGAAGUGAGAGCUUUCUUUGACGUGCAUGAGCAAGAAGGAAGCCACCCGGGAGGUGUUCAUCUUGAAAUGACGGGUCAAAAUGUGACCGAGUGCAUUGGUGGUUCAAGAACCGUGACCUUUGAUGACCUUGGUUCACGCUACCACACCCAUUGCGACCCUCGGCUCAAUGCAUCCCAGUCGUUGGAGCUCGCGUUCAUUAUAGCUGAGCGGCUCAGGAAGAGAAGAAUGGGAACUCAACAAUCUUUGGCUCCUUGAACUGCUUCUAGUGUUGAUUUAUGUUAUGAAAGUUGCUUGUUUUGACUUGGUUUUUUUUUUAUUAUUAUUAUAAAGAAUUAUUAUGAUCUUGUAUUGUAUGCGAAGGCAAUGUCUUUGGGAGUUGUGGAAUUAUGAUGAGAAAGUAUAUGAUCAAAUGUUAUGUACUCAUAAAUACACCAAAUUUGUGGGGAUAUUCAAAGUAUCAUAUUCAUUUGAUUGAUAUUGAAAGUUAUAAUAUUAUAAAGAGCUCUUUUUAUAAA